UUCCUCAAACUCUUGUAGAAAGUGAACCUCAUCCUGUCUCCUGAUCUUCAUUCUGCUUUCACUUCACUCAGAGAUGCCAAUGAGGAGCUUUUAAACAGUGACUGUAUGUGUUUGUUUCUGGCUGUGUGAUUCUGAAAGGAGCUAAACCUCACUCAGUGGGUUGAAGGGCUACGGUGGCUGAUUCUCCACUGAGCUGCUCUGAUCAUUAUAGACGUCCUGAAAAAGAAAGUGGAGUUUGGACUGAAGGAGCCGUUACAGAGAAACAGCACAGCAGCAGUUGGAGGAAAUGGCUGCUAGAAACCCUCUUGCAGAAGAAGAGCUUUCAUGUCCUGUGUGCUGUGACAUCUUCAGGGAUCCUGUUGUUCUGUCGUGCAGCCACAGUGUGUGUAGAACCUGCCUGCAGAAGUUCUGGGAAACUAAGGGGUCUCGAGAAUGUCCAGUUUGUAGAAGCUCCUCUAAAGAUUCUCCUCCUAUUAAUCUUGCACUGAAGAACCUUUGUGAAGCUUUUCUAGAGAGCAGGAGCCAGAGAUCUUCAGCAGGGUCUGAGGUGCUCUGCGUUCUGCACAAUGAGAAACUGAAAUUCUUCUGUCUGGAUGAUCAGCAGCCUGUGUGUGUGGUGUGUCAGACUUCAAAGAACCACAGAAAUCACAAAUUCUGUCCAGUAGAUGAAGCUGUGACUGAGUUUAAGGAUAAACUCAAGUCUGCUUUGGAGCCUCUACAUGAGAAUCUGAGAGUCUUAGAGGAAGUUAAACGAGACUAUGACCAAACAGCCGCCCACAUUAAGACGCAGGCCCAGCACACAGAGAGGCAGAUAAAGGAGGAGUUUGAGAAGCUUCACCAGUUUCUAAGAGAUGAAGAAGCAGCAAGGAUAGCUGCACUGAAGGAGGAAGAGGAGCAGAAGAGUCAGAUGAUGAGGAGGAAGAUUGAAGAGAUGAAUGGAGAAAUCUCAGCUCUUUCAGACACAAUCGGGAACAUAGAGAAGGAGAUGGAGGCUGAGGACGUUCCGUUCUUACAGAACUUUGAGGUCACAUUGAACCAAGCUCAGAUCACACCAAAGGAUCCAGAGAAGAUAUCAGGAGUUCUGAUCAAUGUUGCUAAACACCUUUCCAACCUAAAGUUCAGAGUGUGGGAGAACAUGCAGGAGGUUCUCCAGUACACCCCUGUUACUCUGGACCCCAACACUGCACAUCCACACCUCCACCUGUCUGAUGAUCUAUCUGCUGUAGAAUUUAGAAAGCAGGGACUAUCACUCCCUGAUAAUCCAGAGAGAUUUGAUAAGUACGUGUGUGUUCUGGGUUCUGAGAGUUUUGACUCAGGCACUCACUGCUGGGAUGUUGAGGUUGGAGACAGUGAAAACUGGGAACUAGGUGUGAUCACAGAGUCUAGAACAAGAAAAGGACACUCUUUCAGGGAUUCAGUUUGGAGUCUGGAGUACAGUCAAAGCAGUGGUACAUUUUUCAUAUGUGGCCCAAGCGAGCCAGAUCACUGUGCUUCAUCUAAAGAGAAGCUGCAGAGGGUCAGAGUGGAGCUGGACUGGGACAGGGGGAAAGUGACCUUCACUGACCUUACAAACUGUACACAAUUGCACACAAUUACAGACACAUUCACUAAGAGGGUUUUACCAUUUUUCUGUAACUGGGAUAUCUGUCCUCUGAGGAUCUUACCAGUAAAGACAUCAAUAAUGGUGGAACAGCACAGUGCAGGUUAAAGUCAGAGUAAAAUGUAUUUUUUCUAUAGUAACAUGACACACAUAUAUAUAUAUAUAUAUAUAUAUAUACACACACACACACAUUAUAUACACAUAACAAAACAAAAAAAAACCUUACAUAUGUCUAACAUCACAUAGUGUAUUAUUUAUGUAUGUAUUUAAGACAACAAAUAUAACAAUAAUUUAAAAUUGUAUCCGCAUUUAAUGGCUUGAUAGCAGAAGGAAUAAAAGACUUGGAAUAGCGAUUUGUUCUACUGAAGGGUGUAAUAUAACGCAUUACAGUAAAUUCGCUGGACAAAAUGUGAUCAGAUUGAGUGAUAAUUCCUUUUGCUUUCUGGGCCACUUGUUUCUCCCACAGGGAGACCAGAUAUCUUUGUCGGACUCCAAUUAUCUUUGCACACCCUUUAGGCUAUUCUUGUCCCUCACCGACAGCCCAUUAAACCAACAAAUAAAUGAGAAAGUUAAAACAACUUCAAUAAAUAACUGGUAGAAACUGCACAACACUGUAUGACAAACAUGAAAAGAAUUCAGCUCAUGCAGUAAGUGGGCACUUUGUUGAUCGUUCUUAACAACCAGCUCUGUAUUCGCAUUAAAUUUAAGCUGGGAGUCGAAUACUGUCCCUAAGUACUUAUAUAACCAUUCCACAAAGCUACUCAGUUUUCCAGUAUGUCUGAAAAAUGUUAAAACCUACAGUAUCAAAUGCAGCACUAAGAUCAAGAAACUCUAGCAUAGAUAUUUUGCCAGCAUCUGUGUUCACACAAAUCUCAUUUAAGACUGUUAAGGACAGCUUCUGUGCCAAGAUGAUGUAUACUGUGCUGUAGGCAGUUUAUACAACCUGUGAAUUGUUUACUUAUUUAGAAAUUAUGUAUUUUUAUCUUCUUCUUAAUUAUCUUCCUUUCUAUCUCAGAGCAGUAACACUGUUAGUUAAUUCUCUUGAGUAAUCUAACUAACUAUUACCUCAUAUUUCCCUUUUUUAAUCAUGUUUUCUCUCUCUGACAACUAGGAGUGUUUAGUUAUGCUGUCAUGAUUGGCCCCUCCCACUCAUCCAUGUGCUUGUGUUUUGGUUUUGGUCUGGCUUUUGUUUCGAUUCCUUCCCGAUCCUGCCCCCUUAUUUACAGACCCUGCCCUUGAUUGUUUUCACCUGUUACCCUUUUGUUAAACACCUGUAUCUUGUUACCUGUCCCUGUAUUUAAGAUUGUGUUUUCUCUAAGCUCUUGCUGGUCUUUGUUUGAAGUGUAUAGAUUGUAUUGUUUUAAUCGCUUGGUAUUUGUUAUUUUGACCUCUGUUGUUAGUUGAUCCUGUGUACCUUUACGUUAUGUCUGUCCCUCCUUUUCUCCGUGUUGGCUCUGUGACCCUGGACUGUCUUGACCGUGACUCUGGAUUUGCCCCUAAUAAAUCUCGCUUCUCUCAGCAUCCGUCCACUCCCACACGUUACAUAUGCACAUUAAAUGAUUUAGUAAACAAAUGCAGUAGAACAUAUGUAUAUAUACCAUUUCCAAAAAAGUUGGGACGCUGUACUAAGUGUAAAUGAAAGUACAAUGCAAUGAUAUGUAAAUAAUGUAAACAA